AGACCUAAACGGCUAGUCGUUUUUUUGUGGUUUCCUCUAGUAUUAAGCAAAAACCCCUAUCCAAAACCCCCCCACUUCGCCCCUGUUGCAAAGUUCUGAUGAUGCUUCUCUGCUUCAUUUCGAAAAAUGGCUCUCUCUGCUAGAACUCCACAAAUCCCUCUCCAAGCAGACCUCCAAAACCUUGGUUCCCACAAGGUUCAAAAUCGCAACUUCAACGAGACCUUAACUUUCUUUUCCAAACCCCAGAAAUCUCAUCUUUUCUCUGCACUAAAGCCACUCCAAAGCUCACUCUCGACCGUCACUUCAAUCACCUCGCAUAACCCCUCGAGCUCACGCUUAUUUCAGCUAUGCCUCGAUGGGAACCUGGAGGAAGCUCUAAAACACCUUAACUCUAUGCAAGAGUUGAAAAUAUCAGUAGAAGAGGAAAGUUUUAUUGCUUUGGUAAGGUUAUGUGAGAACAAAAGAGGGUAUAAAGAGGGUGAUUAUGUGUAUAAAGCUGUGUUGAAUUCAUUGGUCGCCCCAUUGGGCGUUAGGCUUGGUAAUGCACUGUUGAGUAUGUUUGUAAGAUUUGGUGAUUUGGGUAAUGCGUGGAAUGUGUUUGGGAGAAUGAGCGAAAGAGAUUUGUUUUCGUGGAACGUUUUGGUUGGUGGGUAUGCAAAAGCAGGGUUUUUUGAUGAGGCUUUGUGUUUGUAUCACAGGAUGUUGUGGGUUUGCAUAAAGCCUGAUAUAUAUACUUUCCCUUGUGUUUUGAGGAGCUGUGGUGGGGCACAUGAUUUCGUAAGAGGAAGAGAAAUUCAUUGUCAUGUGAUUAGAUUUGGGUUUGAGACGGAUGUUAGUGCGGUUAAUGCAUUAAUCACAAUGUAUGUAAAAUGUAGCCAUGUUAAUUCGGCACGCUUGUUGUUUGAUAAAAUGCCCCAGAGAGAUAUAAUUUCCUGGAAUGCAAUGAUAUCGGGGUAUUUUGAGAAUGGAGAGUGUACAGAAGGGCUAAAUUUGUUUUUCCGGAUGCUUGAGCUUUCAAUUGAUCCAGAUUUGAUGACCAUGACUAGUGUGCUCUCUGCUUGUGAGCUUCUUGGUGAAGAUAAAUUGGGGAGAGAAAUUCAUGGGUAUGUGAUGAAAACAGAGUAUGGUAAUGAUGUUUCAGUGUGUGCUUCGUUGAUCCAAAUGUACUCAAGUUUUGGGUACUGGAAGGAAGCAGAAAGGGUGUUUUCAGGAAUGGAAUCUAGAGAUGUUGUAUCAUGGACUGCAAUGAUUUCAGGCUAUGAGGACAACUUUCUGCAUGUGAAGGCAUUGGAAACUUACAAAACCAUGGAAUUAGAGGGUAUUAUGCCUGACGAGAUCACAAUAGCCUGUGUUUUAUCUGCUUGUGCUUGUUUAGGACAAUUAGAUACGGGUGUGAAGCUUCAUGAGAUUGCUGACAGGACCGGACUAAUAUCAUAUGUUAUAGUUGCAAACUCGCUCAUCGAUAUGUAUUCAAAGUGCAAAUGCAUUGACAAAGCUUUGGAAGUCUUCCAUAGCAUCCCAGAAAAAAAUGUGAUAUCCUGGACUGCGAUCAUUGUUGGGCUUCGGAUAAACAAUCGAAGCUUUGAGGCUUUGACAUUCUUUCAGCAAAUGAAAAUCAAGUUAAAGCCGAAUUCUGUUACUUUGAUUUCUGUGCUUUCUGCAUGUGCUAGAAUAGGAGCCUUGAUGUAUGGAAAAGAGAUUCAUGCCUAUGCAUUAAAAACUGGAGUUGCAUCUGAAGGAUUUCUGCCGAAUGCAAUUCUGGACAUGUAUGUGAGGUGUGGAAGGAUGGGACCUGCAUUGAAUCAAUUUAAGUUGCACAAAAAGGACGUUGGCGCUUGGAAUAUUUUGCUGAAUGGGUAUGCCCAGCGGGGGCAAGGAGCGACUGCUGUUGAGUAUUUCAAUAAAAUGAUGAAGUCCAAAAUCAAUCCUGACGAUAUCACAUUUAUUUCUCUAUUAUGUGCUUGUAGUAGAUCAGGAUUGGUAAAAGAAGGUUUGGAUUAUUUUAACAAUAUGAAACUGCAUGGUGUCGACCCAAAUUUGAAACACUAUGCCUGUGUAGUUGAUUUGCUUGGCCGUGCAGGACAGUUGAAGGAAGCUCAUGAGUUUAUAGAGAAAAUGCCUAUUAAGCCAGAUCAUGCUGUGUGGGGAGCCUUGUUGAAUGCGUGUAGGAUCCACCAGAAGGUUCAGCUUGGGGAACUUGCAGCGCAGCAUAUUUUUAAGGAGGAUACAAAAAGCAUUGGGUAUUACAUUCUUUUGUGUAAUCUCUAUGCUGACAGUGGUAAAUGGGAUGAAGUUGCAAAAGUAAGGAGGAUAAUGAAAGAGGAAGGACUAAUUGUUGAUCCUGGGUGUAGUUGGGUGGAAGUGAAGGGAAAAGUUCAUGCUUUCCUUACUGAUGAUAAUUUUCAUCCUCAAAUAAAGGAUAUAAAUGAGAUUUUGGAAGGAUUUUACAAGAAAAUGGAGGCAGCUGGUUUUAAUGGUCACAGUUCUGCAGAUGAAUUAGAAACUUCAAGAGAGGACAUCUUUUGUGGGCACAGUGAGAGACUUGCCAUUGCAUUUGGCCUAAUUAAUACUGCCCCUGGGACACCUAUAUUGGUUACAAAGAAUCUCCGUAUGUGCCAAAGCUGUCACAGAAGCAUUGAAUUCAUUUCUAAGAUAGUUCGCAGAGAGAUCUCAGUAAGGGAUACAGAGCAAUUCCACCAUUUCAGAGAUGGUAAAUGUCCUUGUGAUGGAAAAGGUUGCUGAAAAAAACGUUGACGAGUAAGAAGCUCAAAGAAAUUUGAAUAUACAUCCAAAUUCAUCUUGAAGUCUAAGGAGAGAUUUCAAUAGGUACGCUCCAUCAUUUCAAGGAUGUGCAUUCACUUGGUUGUGAUGAAGGUACUGUGAAAAAAUUGGUAUGUCUCUGUUGAUAGAAACUUGAAUAAUAUAUACAUUGGAGUAGAACACCAGAAAGGCAAGCUCAAUUUUAAAUGGGAGAUCAGCUAUGGGUCAUUCAUACUCUCCCUUGUGGACCAAAGUCUUUCUCAUGCGAGGAAAGAGGAAUGUAUACCAUGACAUCAGGACUUCCUCGGGGCAAUUGGUAUAUUAAACAGUUGUUGUAGUUGUAUUUACUAUGUAAUUUUUACUGUAUAUUAUUAUUAUUAUUAUUAUUAUUAUUAUAAUCAUCUUCAAAUAAAAAGGGUAUCGUGCUGUAUCUUUUUGGUAUGUCUUACUAUUAAAAAAAAUUUCUAUGCUUA